AUGAAAAUAUUUACCGGGCACAAAACUCCGCACGGAGCAACCGAAAAUAGUUCUCAAGGAAAUUGUAAUCCCCGAACGAUCAAACAUAAUCAAUUUAAUUCCGAUACUCAAAAUGAAGCUGAAGCAAACGAACAAAAUAGAAAGGAAGUUUUAGAUUCAAUUUCUAUCGAAGAUGAUUUCGAUGUCGCAUCGAGUAUGUUUGAUAUGGAUAGCUAUAUAGAAGAGGAAGAGCUAGGUCGAGAUAUUACAGGUUCAGAUAUUGCUUGCCAUAUUUGCAAUACUGGGUUCCGUCAUAUGUCGUCUUUGAGGUACCAUAAAAAACAUCGGGUGUGUUUAAAACCAAAAAAAGAAGAGCUCGAACCCAAGGUUCUCCAAUGCGAGAAAUGUGAAAAAGUCUUUGCAACAGGCUCCGGAUACAAAUAUCACAUCAGACGUAGUGUCUGUGAACAAGAAAAUGAAAAAGACGAGCCAAAAAUUUUACGCUGCCCUGUAUGUAGUAAAGAGUUCGCAACAAAUACUGGCUUGAAUUAUCAUGUCAGAAGAAAAGUUUGUGAACAAGAACAAGAAGAGAAAGAAGAAGAAAUAAUUAAAUGUGAAAAAUGCGAAACUAUAUUCAGACACAAGACGUCCUUGCAAUAUCAUCUCACUCACAAAGUAUGUGAGAAACCCAAAAAAGAAGAAAUGGAACCUAGGCCGUUACAGUGCGGAGAAUGUGAAAAAAACUUCUCAACUACCACUGCUUUAAGUUAUCACGUGAAACAUAACGUUUGCGCUCCCAAAGAACCAAAAGAGCCCAAAGUUGAAGAAGAACGAGCUUGUCCUCUCUGUAAUGCCUCCUUUAAACAUUAUAAUUCUCUUCGGUAUCAUUUGUCUCACCAAGUUUGCCUCAGAGCAGGAGAAAAACCGGAACCAAAAUUACUUCAAUGCGAAAAAUGUGAGAGAGUUUUCACAAGUAAUUCAUCUUUGGAAUACCACUUGAAAAGAAGAGUAUGCGAGAAUCAAAAACCUAGCAUUCCAGGACCGCCAUUUAUUUGUGACAUAUGCAAUUACUCCUUUGAACUGCGCCAAACAUGGUAUGCUCAUAUUCAGAGGCAAGCUUGCAAAAAGUAUCCCGAAAAAUAUAUGCUUGAGCAGGAAAAUACGGAAAUUAAUAUUAAAAUCGAACCAGAAAAUAUGCAAUUUGCCCAAGACCGCAACGGCCGAUUCAUGUGUCCCAAUUGUAACUCAUCCUACAAGCAGAAGGGACAUUUGGUAAGACAUAUCAAAUACGAAUGCGGAGUAGAACCACAAUUCCAGUGCCAAGUAUGCUUUCGAAGAUUUAGGCAUAAGAGUAAAAAACAAUUCAUAACUGCCACAAACGGAGAGUUAGCACAGAAAGCCAUAGAAUUGGUAAAUGCAGGCAUAUCUAUAAGAAAAACGGCUUCGAUACUGCACAUAUCCAAAAGUUCCGUGCACACUAUAGUGAAAAAAUACAGGGAAUCUGCUGGAAGUCAUUUUCUGUGUUAUCCACCACCCAGAAGUGUAAAACGACGUGCCAAUGUGAAAGACGAUUUUAUUUUGGAUUUGGAUCCUUUUUUCGAAAUUAAACAAGAACUACUGGAUGAGCAUUUUUAGAAUGUUUUAAGAAUCAUUCCCAGUUUUUUAUGAAUUCGUUAUUUUAAACCUGUAUUUUCAAAUAUUAUUUCUUUUUACUGAAUGUGCAAUUUUGUUUUAACUGUAGCUUCUACUGUUUUUGUUUAGCAUAUUUUUUAAUUUUUUAUGUUGAGUUUAUUUACCUUAUAUGUAUUAGCAUGAUUUACAAGCCAAAAUAAUAAAAUUAGAAUAAGAAGUAUUCAGGGCGUAUCAGGUUUGAGGUUUGACUACUAUGAUUUUACACCUGAAAAUAUUGGCUAUUUUGAACAAAAAAAGUCUGGGCAACGUGGAGUCAACACAAAACCAUGUUAAAGAGAAAGGCCUAUCAAAGCUAUGAAAUUUUUUAGCGAAUAUUUGAAAAAUUAAUGAAACUUGCAAUAAUUUUGUAGUAACGUUACUAUAACACUCUAACACUAAUUAACUCAAUCAA